GAACUUGUUUAAUCUUGACCUGACUUGCCCCAACCCGCUAACCCGCCAACCCAUUCUUCUGUUAUGGAUUGAUGUUGGAUUAAGGAUUUCCAAUUUUCCAUAUGAUCACACGCUAAACCGGAUUUCCAUUGUCAAUCCAGGGUCCCCUAGGUUUUAGUGGAAAACAUGAUGCGCAAGUCAAACAGGGGAUUCGCAUUUCCCUGGUAUCGCAUUUCAGCUUAGAGCUGCCAGCCAUCAACACUACUUCAUACCCAACAAAGCUUAAGGCUGCAGCAUUCCUGACUUCUUCCUCUUCUUCUUCUUCUUCUUCUUCUUCGUGUUUGUUUGUCAUCUCAGUUCAAUUAAGCAGUGCUGAAAUGACGGAGAUCAAGCUAUCAUUCUCCGCCAAUAACCCUCCUCUAUCAGUGAUUGCGGCGGCGAAGGUUGCUGCCUUAACUUUGUCAACGGAUUCAACUCUCACCUCUGGCUCCCCUCCAACAUUCCUCUUCUCCAAUGGAUUGAAAUUGCAUGGAACAAAUGUACUUCUUCGUUAUGUUGGUCGGGUAGCAGAUUUCUAUGGGCAGAAUGCUGCUGAAUCUGGCCAGAUUGAUGAAUGGCUAGAUUACGUGCCUGUUCUUUCCUCUGGCUCUGAAUUCGAGGGUGCAUGUAGCUUUGUGGAUGGUUAUUUGUUGAAUCGAACUUUUUUGGUUGGUUAUAGUCUGUCCAUAGCAGAUAUAGCAGUUUGGGCAGGCCUUGUGGGAACUGGACAGAGGUGGGAAAGUUUAAGAAAGUCAAACAAAUUUCAGAAUUUAGUGCGGUGGUUCAAUUCAAUAUCUGCAGAAUAUAGUACUGUCUUAGAUGAAGUCACAGCAACAUAUGUUGGGAAAAGAGGUUUGGGAAAGCCAACAGCAGCCAAAGCAAAAGCAAAAGAGCAGCAAGCUGUUAAUCAUCAUUCAAAGAAUGAGAAUGGUGAUACCAAUGAAAAGGGUAAAGCAGGUAGUCGACCAGCUGUUGAAAUUGAUCUCCCAAAUGCAGAAGUUGGAAAUGUGCGCUUGCGAUUUGCACCAGAACCCAGUGGCUAUCUUCAUAUUGGGCACUCAAAAGCAGCUCUAUUAAACAAGUACUUUGCUCAGAGGUAUAAAGGUCAUCUAAUUGUGCGUUUUGAUGAUACUAAUCCUGCCAAAGAAAGCAAUGAGUUUGUAGAAAAUCUUUUGAAAGAUAUUGAGACUUUGGGUAUUGAGUAUGAGGCCAUUACAUAUACUUCAGAUUAUUUCCCAAGAUUAAUCGAAAUGGCUGAAAACUUGAUUUGUAAGGGUAAAGCAUAUGUUGACGAUACCCCACGUGAGCAAAUGCAGAAAGAAAGGAUGGAUGGAAUUGAGUCAAAAUGUAGGAAUAAUAGUGUAGAGAAGAAUGUGGAAUUAUGGAAGGAAAUGAUUGCAGGAUCUGAAAGGGGUUUGCAGUGCUGCCUCCGUGGGAAGUUGGAUAUGCAGGACCCAAACAAGUCACUCCGCGAUCCAGUUUACUACCGCUGCAAUCCUCUCUCUCACCAUCGGAUUGGGUCUAAGUACAAGUUAUAUCCAACCUAUGAUUUUGCUUGUCCUUUUGUUGAUGCUGAGGAAGGUAUAACACAUGCUCUUAGAUCUAGCGAGUACCAUGACCGCAAUGCUCAGUAUCAUAGGAUACAAGAGGAUAUGGGAGUUAGAAAAGUUCACCUUUAUGAAUUUAGUCGGUUGAAUAUGGUGUAUACACUUCUUAGCAAACGUAAGCUACUAUGGUUUGUUCAGAAUGGCAAGGUUGAUGGAUGGGAUGAUCCUCGUUUCCCGACUGUCCAAGGAAUCGUACGUCGAGGUCUUAAAGUUGAGGCGUUGAUACAGUUUAUUCUUGAACAGGGUGCAUCUAAAAAUUUAAAUCUCAUGGAAUGGGACAAACUUUGGACCAUUAACAAGAAGAUUAUUGAUCCUGUUUGCCCCAGACAUACAGCUGUUAUUGCAGAACACCGUGUACUGUUGACCCUAACUGAUGGCCCUGAGAAACCAUUUGUUCGCAUCAUACCAAGGCAUAAAAAAUAUGAAGGUGCUGGUCUGAAGUCUACAACAUACACCAAACAGAUAUGGAUAGAUUAUGUUGAUGCAGAGUCCAUCUCAGUGGAUGAGGAAAUAACCUUAAUGGAUUGGGGGAAUGCCAUAGUUAAAGAAAUUUUGAACGACCAGGAUGGAAAAAUUACACACUUAACAGGAGUUUUGCAUCUUGAAGGAUCUGUGAAGACAACAAAAUUGAAGCUUACUUGGCUGCCUGACAUUAGUGAACUAGUCAAUCUGUCAUUGAUGGAGUUCGACUACCUGAUCACAAAAAAGAAGCUGGAUGAGGGCGAGGAAUUCCUGGAUGUGCUUAACCCAUGUACUAAAAGGGAGACUGCAGCCCUGGGGGAUGCCAACAUGCGGAAUUUAAAGUGUGGGGAGAUAUUGCAGCUGGAGAGGAAGGGCUAUUUUAGGUGUGAUGUUCCUUAUGUUAGAUCGUCAAAGCCUAUGGUUCUGUUUGCAAUCCCAGACGGCAGGCAGCAAACUGGGUUGAAGUAAGGCCUUUAGGUAAUAAGGAUUUUUCUCCUCUGUGGACUAACAAGACUUUGGGAACCAUUUUUAAAUCUUGUUUGUUAUACCUCCAGCUCUAUCAAUUGAAUGGUGGAUUCUCUUCUCUUUUCUUGUUCCUGCCUCAGGUCAUGGCAUGCAUCUGUUCAUUUUUUUUUCCUAUAUUGAUGUCCAAAGCAGAUUUGUGGGCAUUUGAAAAGAGGGAUUGUAGAGGUAUGAGUUAGUGAGACGUAUUACUCAAAAAUGCAUUCCCCUCUUUGUUGUUUU